AUGAGAAAACUUCAGCAGCAACGUGCUUUCGCAGCCGCGAAUAGAGAAACAGAUACUCAAACUCAGGAUAUGCUCAAUAGGAGUCUAGCAAAUUUUCAUAUCCUAGCAACUGCAGCUGUAGACCCUAAUCUGGAACAACUCAUAGCACCCCAACCAUUACCACUAUUUCCCACACAACCUAUGGAUUUGGAACCAAACCCUGUAGACCAAAUUCCAAUGCAUGAUUUUAACCUAGCAGAAAUACCUAGAGUACCAGCACCCCAUCCCCCAGACUAUGACCCAUGGUUUGAUGACCAUAGGAAUUAUGAACAACGCUACCCAAUACCAGAUGAACCCAUGCCAAACCUAGCAGCCUACUCAAAUCUGGACCCCCUGGACCCAUAUUAUGAUAACGACCAAUUCAUCAGGGAGAUCCUAGAGAACCCCUACCCACCUGAGGAACCCAUGCCCCAGUUCCCAAACCCAAUACCAGCACCCGCACCACCCAUGAGCACUGAGAAUGUGCAAGAACUCCGAACCUUUGGUGAGGAGCUUUUAGAAGGAAGUGAGAGGAUGAGACAAAUAGGGGAGCGACUCGUCUAG